AUGGUCUUUUUCGGGUUCAUGUACUUCGGGAUACUCAUCUAUCUGCUUGUACUGCUUGGAAAGAAGAGAAGAGAAAAAAGGUUCCCCAUUGUUGAGAAAACAGUGAUCCAGCCGGUCAUCCAACCAGUGAUCCAACCAAUAGUACCUCCCCCACCACCCCCCGUGGUUCAGCCCGUUGUUCAGCCCGUGAUACAACCCCCUCCACCGCCAAUUGUCCAGCCUGUGAUUCCGCCUCGCCCCCCUCUUUUUUACCCCCCGAAAAAAAUGGCCAGACGUUUAACAACAGGUAUGCAUAAUUCAGCCUAUAGCAACUUUCCAAAUUCUGCCCCCAUGCCCCUAAACCAGGCCAAACCAUUUCAACAUGCGGCCCCCUACUUGCCCCCAUCUUACCCCCAAAUCCCGCAGGGCACCGUCUAUCAGUUUAUGGUACCGGGUCAGAUGAACCAGAGGCCAAUGAUGAUUUCCACUGGCGUAUUCCUCUUCGGAAUGUAUGUAAACUUCGCGAUGACUUUUGACAGAACCAGUGAUCUGAAGUACAUGCUACUGAUUGUAAUGUUUCUUCUUCUUCCUCUGCAGAUCAUCUUCGAAUUCAUCAGCCUGGCCGGGUCAGUAGCUUGCCUUGGAGCCAAAUCAUCUGAAUCAGCUGGCAGGAUCAAAAUAGCUAUGCCAGUCUUAGCUGCCAUUAGCGGAAUAGCUGAAAUGGUCAUCUGUUUUUUCGUUGCUCGUCAGUUCCGAGCCUGGAAUAUCAUCCGGAUGGCCGGAUACGGAUCGGAUAUGCCAUCCGGAUCGGAUGAAGUUCCGGUUCCAGAGAUUGAAUACGCUACGGCGUAUUCCCCUUUUACCGUACCGAUUAAUAUUCCCGCCAACAGACCUAUCAGUGGCCAGUUUAUGAUGGGUCCUAGUUUUG